AUGCCGUCCUGGAAAGGCCAGGAUCGCGGCGAGGACUCGGAGUCCUUACCAGAUCGCAAAGACGUGACCUAUAGCAAAGAAAAAUUUGAAUCGCCUUGCGUGAUGGGAGUUAGUACGGAGUCUCCCGACGUCGUUCUUCGGGAAGCAUAUGUUUCCGCAAAGGACAUAGCUGUUGAACGGCCACUACUCCUUUCCGGCGCUCCGCCCGUCAACUUUGCCGUGGUUCUUCCUGGCUUAUAUCGAAGUGGCUACCCAAAGGUUGCGGAUUAUCCGUUCGUACGGACCCUCAAGCUUAAGACCAUCGUCACCCUAGUCGGAAAAGACCUCCCGGACGGCUAUCAGCAGUUUAUUAAGGCGAAUCGUAUCAAGCACGAAAUAUUCGACAUGGCCGGCACGAAAAAGGCCGAGAUCCCUAUCAAGACCAUGCAGUCGAUCAUCUCCAUCGUCAGCAAUCGGGAAAACUAUCCUCUGCUCAUCCAUUGCAAUCAGGGUAAGCACCGGACAGGAUGUGUCGUCGGUAUCCUGCGCAAGACCAAAGAGUGGGACACGGCGAGCAUUAUUCGAGAGUACAGCAAAUAUGCGGAGCCGAAGAUCAGGGAGACGGACGUCAAGUAUAUUACCGACUUUAAAAUAGCCGAUAUUCCGAGAGUCGUACCCAGGCUGACCGGGGCGCCGUACGUUGUGCGGACAUUUUAUGGCAUGGUGAUGCUGGCGUCUUUUACCUUGUCGGUUUGGAUGUAUUCGGGCGCCAGGCUCCUAAUACUCACGACGACGUAA